UGAAACGGCGCGUCGUUGUUGUAAACAUGUUAAAUUGUUGUCUGCAACUCCAUAGAGAAAGAGACGAUGGAGACCAAAGUGCAGCAAGCAGACGAAGCGCCACCGCCGGAGGCCCAACCCAUCGUUUCACAACCACCACCGCCACCACUUUCCGAAAUAGCUCAAAUGGUGUGUGGAUCUUGCCGCCACCUGCUUACAUACCCACCAGGAGCCAAGCAUGUUCAAUGCUCAUGCUGUCAGACUGUCAACUUUGUGCUAGAAGCCCAUCAGGUUGGCCAAGUCAAAUGCGGCAGUUGUACAACGCUGCUGAUGUACCCAUAUGGAGCUCUAUCCGUUAGGUGUUCCUCGUGCAGUUUUGUGACAGAAGUUAGGGAUCACAACAUGCGCCCUCCAUGGUCUGCUCAACAAGGACAACCAACUCCUCCAUCCAAUUCUGUUCACUAAGCAGCUUAUAUGAGGCACAUAUGUGCAAAUUGUAUAUAGGGAAAGUCGAUCAAACAAUGUAUCACUCUUAUUUCGGAAACUUUGAUUUUGAUUAGUGUAAUCCUUUUUUCUUAUCUCUUAAAGAAUGUGGUACUCUAUCUGAAACUAGUUUGUUGAAUAAUUCUGAAAUAUUUUCGAUGGA